AAUUGUUUUGACGACACGGYSGGUACAUUUCAUAAUUUCYACAUUCAUCCCACAACUGAAGCCGAAGAGGUGGAGCACAGAACACCAUGGAUACCCAACCCAAAAAAACGUCGUUCGCUCCAGGUGACGACAUUGAAGUUGCAGAAAAUUCUUCUGAGGGAAGUGGCUCUGAUGAAAAUCAGAACCUAGCAACCAAGGGAUCCGAUGUUUCCACGAGAAACAAAGCGCUAAUUCAAGCUCAGAUGGCAUCGUACAAGCAAAAAGGAAGUUACGAGUUAUCAGAAGACGUCUACGCAUUCAUUACUGCCUCUCCAUUUUUCUCGUGGUCUUUCUUGUUUGCAUGCGGCGUCAUCUUCAUCAAAUACUUCGUUUAUUCAACUCUCUUGAUAGGAAYCRACUUGGAUGACUUUGGAGGGGCCGUAAAGGCAGCAACAACGGUAAAAUUUUUUUUGAUUCCUGUUGCCGUUGCUAUGCAAGAAGAUUUGAUGGCAGUCUACGCCGGCUUGGCAAACUCUCGAUACGACCCCCAGGUGCAGAAGAUUAGUGAAGGUGCUACCAGAUUCAAGUUCGGACUAGCGUACCUUUUGCGAUUCAUCGAUGGARCCUUUUCACUCACGGUCAACUUUCUGGUGAUGCUAACAACCAACGACGUCUUGGGUGUCUUUUUGAACUUCGCGGCACUUCAUUUCUUGCAGGAAAUCGACGAUGUGUUCUAUKCGUUGGUUGAAAAGGGUUUCUUUGGCGAUGGUAUGGAAUACCAGUCCACACUUUGUAGGCAGAUAUCAUGGCCUAGGCGCAAAGGAUCGAACAAACUUUCGGAACUUGCGACAAACCUCGACACUGUGUUGUUCGCUUUGACUCUCUUAAUUUGCUACGUGAUUUACUUUUAUGUGACUAUCUCAUUUGUGAUUCUCGCUGACGACCCUUAAAUGAUGAAUCCARAAGUACGAAAGCCUCUGUCACACGUAAGCUUUAACCAUGUUUUGAACAUGAGAAAAUGAGGCGUUUGAAAUCGUGUGAGGUUUCCUCCAUGUAAAGAAGUGGCAACUAACGUGAUACUCGAGAUUUCACCAAUGUUCAUCGGUAGGUAGCCAAAGAUUAGAAUAUAUGUAAUUUCAAUUUGUGAUACCGAAAUAUAUGUCCGACAAAACCAGAAAUUGAUGCGUGYUGAUCCGUUGUAGAAGAAUUUAUUGUACGGGCAUUAUAAAAUCUAUCAGAGUGA